AUGUGCGGUGCCAAGAAGCACAACAAGAAAGGCCUGAAGAAGAUGCUGGUCAACAAUGCAAAGGCAGUGAGUGCACACGCAGAGGCCAUCAAGACCCUUGUGAAGCCUCAGGCCAUCAAGUCCAAGAUGCCAAAGGGCCCCAGCCACAGACUUUGCAGUCUGGCUUUUAUCGCUCACCCCAGGCUUGGGAAGCCGAUUCGAAGCUGCAAGGCCAAGCUUCGUAGGCUCCGCCAACCAAAGCCCAAGGCUCAAACCAAGGCCAAGGCUGAAUCUCCAGCUCAGGUUCCCAAAGGUGCCCAGGCCCCUGUGAAGGUCCCAUAG